GAUGUUGUUGCUGUCCUGUGUUGCUGUCUAAUGCUGUCAAUUAUAAUUAAAAAUUUUAAAAACAAAGAUUUAGAAAACUUAUAAAAUGUUCCGUCUUUCUAAAAAACUAAUUACGGCAAUAUCAAAAACAAAUAAGUGUUUUGCAAAUCACGAUGCUUUGAUAAUCCUACAAACAAAACGAAUGUUUUCAAUGUCUGAGGAAAGUAAAUUUUCAAUAAAGGAUGAAGAAAAUGGGAGGCCACUUUAUUUUGAUGCUCAAGCUACAACACCUAUGGAUCCUAGAGUUCUUGAUGCCAUGCUACCAUAUUUAGUCAGUUAUCAUGGGAAUCCACAUUCAAGAACACAUGCUUAUGGCUGGGAAAGUGAGGCUGCAGUAGAGAAAGCAAGGGAGCAAGUUGCCAAUUUGAUUGGUGCUGACCCUAAAGAAAUUAUUUUUACUUCUGGAGCUACAGAAUCUAAUAACAUUUCUGUUAAAGGGGUGGCACGUUUUUAUGUUCCAAGGAAGAAGCAUGUAGUCACCACCCAGAUUGAACAUAAAUGUGUAUUAGAUUCAUGUCGUGCUUUAGAAGGGGAAGGAUUCAAAGUAACAUAUUUACCUGUUGGUCAUAAUGGUAUAAUCAAUAUGAAAGACCUUGAAAAUGCACUCACUCCUGAAACCAGCCUUGUUUCUAUUAUGAUGGUAAACAACGAAAUAGGUGUUAAACAACCCAUCGCUGAAAUUGGUGCAUUGUGUAAAAGUAAAAAGAUAUUUUUCCACACUGAUGCAGCUCAGGCUAUAGGCAAAGUCCCAAUAGAUGUAAAUACCAUGAAUAUCGAUUUAAUGUCAAUUUCUGGUCAUAAAAUUUAUGGUCCAAAAGGAGUAGGAGCCUUGUAUAUUAGGCGAAGGCCUAGAGUUCGAGUGGAACCCAUACAGAGUGGUGGAGGGCAAGAAAGAGGCAUGAGAAGUGGAACAGUGCCUACUCCUUUGGUAGUAGGGUUAGGUAAAGCCUGUGAACUUGCUGCUCAUGAAAUGAAGUAUGAUCAUGCUUGGAUGGAAAAAUUAUCAAAGAGAUUUUUGGAUAAAGUCUAUUCAAAACUCACACAUGUUAUAAGAAAUGGUGAUCCACAUGAAACAUAUCCUGGGUGCAUAAAUUUAUCCUUCGCUUAUGUUGAAGGUGAAUCGCUAUUGAUGGCUUUAAAAGAUGUUGCCCUAUCUAGUGGCUCAGCCUGCACGUCGGCAUCUUUAGAGCCAUCCUAUGUGCUAAGAGCUAUAGGCACUGAUGAAGAUUUAGCACACAGCUCAAUAAGAUUUGGCUUAGGAAGAUUUACUACUAUGGAAGAAGUUGAUUAUACAGCUGAGAAAACCAUCAAACAUGUGGAAAGAUUAAGGGAGAUGAGCCCACUAUGGGAAAUGGUACAAGAAGGAGUAGAUAUAAAAACGAUCCAGUGGUCACAGCAUUAAUAUUGUUUUGUUAAAUCAGUUCAUUCCUGCUAGAGUUGAUGUUAAAAAUUAUUUUCAAUUUUAUUUAGUACGUAUUUGUAUUAGUCUGUACAUUACAACACAACUUUUAACAAUUCAUCCAGUUAGUCUAUUGCUUUGUAAUAUUUUCCCAGAGAGGUAAUUUAUACUUUUAAUUACCAUUUCGCCCAAGUUAAAUUUUAUUUCUGAAAAUAACAUAGUAAUUCAAAACAAAAUUCAAACUAAUAUACUGAAAACUCAGUCCUAUAUUGAUUAUACCCACAAAUAUUUGACAUUUAGUGGUUACCUAAAAACGCCACUGUGUGACUGUUCAUAUCGUAAAGCAGUAAUUUUCAAUUGGUGAUCCGCUCACUACUGGUGGUAAUUGGAUGCAACGUUUGUGCUUUUAUUUAUUAGAUAUCUAAAUUUAUCUACAUUUUUACAUAGAAAUGAUCACACAAUUUUGACCUAAAAAUUUACUAUCGCGUCUAGCGUAGCUUAUAUUUAACCUAAUUUCAUAUCAGGAAUUUAAAUCUUAAAAUAAAGUCGGGAUAAAAAUUGUGAAUAGGGACGAGUGUCACGGCUUCCUGGGUCUCAUCUCCCACGUCAGAGUACACCGUAGGGGUUUUGGUGGGUAGGCCUCCGGGAACUCACUGGGCAGCUCACCUGCCGAGUGGGUACACGGAGGAGUCUCACACACCACCUGUUGCUAGCCAGGUAAAAGGGAAAGUGCCAAAAGCAUUUCCUUGACGAUAAAAAUUGCGAGGCUAAUAAUUAUUUUUAAAUAGUACUAUGAUAACUAUGCAAAUGCGAUUCGGACCUUAAAAUGACGGUUUGCUACACUACCUCAUUGCGAUUCGGACACAAUGACGGUUUGCUAUGUCAAUAUGGUAAAAAAGUUCACCGUAAUAGUUAAUAAUUACAUUUAGAUUUAUUUCCAUAUAUUUAUUAGCUUUGAUUUCAAUGCAUUAAUUUUAAAGGAGCUUCACAAUUAUGUCGAGUUUUGACAGCUGUUAUAAUGACUUAAUUAGUUGUAAUGACUGAAGGGUUAAGAAUCACUGUUAGCGUGACGUUUGUAUUAAAUAAAAGCGAAUUAUUUAUAGUCCGAAUCCUCCAAAGCAGUGUAAAAAUUAAUUUACGAGUUUACUCAUAAGCAUGCAGUACUCACUUAACCAAAUUACAUUAGCGACAAUUUUUGCAAUUUGUUACCAUCAGGCAGUCCAUUUAUAUGUACGUAAUACAGGCUUACUGUUUAUGACAAUUUAUCUGUCUGCUGUAUAGAUAAACUAUAUAUGUAUUGGAAAAUGCUAUAUUUAAUAUGGUUCAAUGUAACCAAUAGAUGUUUUUGAUGCUGACUGUCAAGGAUGAAAACUGGGUGCUUUAAAAAUGUGCUUGAGAGCAGUUUUUCAGUAACAAUAAAUGAAGUAACAAAAACAUACUGGAACAAACUACCAACUUAUUUAAAUGAUAUGAUAAUAAAAGAAAUAUAUUUCAACAAAGUAAGAAUUGUUGUGCUACACACUUCUAAUAUUCAUGUAUUAUAAAUUAUGUACAUGUUAAUUUUUGUGCUCUGAAAAAGUGAAAAUAUAUUUGUUAAUUUAAAAAGCU